AUGAGCGGGCUACAGACACCUGCGAGCGGUUCUGGCAACCGCUUGUCUGCUAGAAGCAAAGACGACUGGGAGGAUUGGGAAGAUGACGAGGUCUUGACACCGAUCACGGCGAGAGAUGGCCCUCUACUUGACUUGGGAUCCGAGACGGCAGGACAACCGGCGCGGCAGGCAUCGCAGCGGACUUCUAGUUCCGUCGGUCGCCAGUCAGUGCGGGGGAUACGGAGGUUAACAUCCCGUCAGAGACAGAAGGCCCAGAACGCGAAAUUCGGCAUCAAGCUCGUCACCGACAUGUCCAAGCUCCGGCAACAGCAGCACAUCGCCCAGCAGAUGAGGCGGGAUCCCGGCAACCGGGAGACCCGGACAGGCAAGUUUGUCGAUGCCGCCGCGCUGAAGGCGUUAGAGGGUGCGGCGCCGGACGAUUAUGGCGGUACCUUGAACUGGCUGAGGUGUAAGCCCACGAAGGGCAAGAGGGUCGAAAGACUAGCUGCCGAGGCCGCGUCCUCACAGGCAGAUCUAUCUCCCAGUGCAGGGCCGAUAGUCAUUGGCUUUGCCAUGCCCUCAGACUCGGAUGUUGUCAUUAGCCCACAGACUGCCGUCGUUGAGACGCCGGUGGAUUUCCCAGCCUACUUCAACAAGCCGGCUGGUGCUGCUGCUGCUGCUUCGCCCAGUCAGCCGGUCUCGGCGUGGUCUCCCGAUACCGACGACGGCACAUCACCGCGGAUCCCUCAAAGAAAUUACGUACCCGCUGUUCCUUCAAUCCCAAGACAAUACAGAGCCGGGGAUGUGUCACCCCUCACAGCGAGUGACAACGAAGGCGACUUUCCUGGGCCAAGGGACAGGAUGAAUGUCAGAGAUACGCUCGCAACGGCCAUCUACGUCAGCGACGAGGAUGAUAUGGCGACCCCCGUUACACUGUUUGAAGAAGAUGGGAGUCCUGCAACGACGAGACGAAAGUCCCUCCGUGUCACAGGCCGGCAACGGUCAGCCACGGGUGGAAGCUCUCGAUCUCAAGGAUGGUGGGACCAGGUGACAUCCCCAUUUGGGCCACCUACGCCAGCCGCACAAAGCCCUGGUCGUCCCAAUCAAGCGAGGACCGACCAGAGCCAAACAUGGUGGAGUGACGUGGAUAAGAAGAAGCCGCUCUCUCCGGCUCCGGCGCACUCACAACCAGAAGCUGAAUCCUCCCACGCCGCCCGGAGUCCUCCAAGGCUGCAACAACAACAUCACCACCUCCCGGAGAUCAUCAUCGAGGACGUCUCGUCCACGUCGUUCUCGUCUUCCAUGGCAACUCGAACACCACGACGAACACCAUCCACACGCGAAAAGCCACGCGCAAUGGCCGAAGAGGCGCGGACGCCUGGCGAACUGCCGCCUCCAUACUCGCCGCCGUCGAACAAGCACAACGCGAACAUCCGCUACCGCGCGGUUUUCCCUCCGGGACACCCCUUGAACGAAAUGUACCCGCCUUCUCCCGGCCCAGUCCCGCCCGGUCUGGAGCACACCAUGACAUCUCAGGGCGGAAUCAGCUUAGCGGACGUCCCUCUGACGCCGCCUGCAGCCCACCAACCACCGCUACCAGACCGGCCGCUGGGGUCGUUUGUGCCUGGUGAUCAUUUUCUUGACGUCUCGGGACGUGGGCCCAGGCAGAAAGCAGAGCGCCAACGGCGGCGGCAUGAGAAAGAGGAUGCCGUUGCCUGGAAGGCCGGCCGGCUGUGGCAUGGCCGCGGCUGCUGCUUUCCUUGCUGUGGCUGCUUUGGCCGGCCCGGCCGCGAGGGACGGAAGCGGAGGCGGGUGUGCUUGGGGAUCUGCCUGGCACUGCUAUUGCUGACAGCAGUGGGCGUUACGCUUGGCGUGUUACUGACGCGCCAUGCCCGUCAGGCCACCGAUAUAACCGUGCCGUCGCAGUGGCUCAACCUCACCAACUUCCCGCCCAUACCCACCGGCAUCUCGACCGUCAUCGGCUCCGACUCGGAUAUGACGAGGGCAUGUGUCCGGCCCCCGACGCUCUGGACCUGCUCGCUGCCCAAGGAGCAAGCGGACUCGGUCUCACCGUUCGACCCAAGCCAGCCGAGCUUUGUCAUCCAGAUCCAGUUCGACAACAGUACCCGUCAGUCGUGGAAUGUGACGUGGGACCCUCCCCGCCGCCCGCCUCCAACUCCAACAACAAGCCCAAGCCCGCGCGCCAUUCCUGCCACAGGGGUCUCGUCUCUUUUCCGACGCCUUGUGCGGGGACCUCGAGAUGACUCGGCUUCGAGCUUGUCGCUCAGACCGGACCCUGCUCCCCCAAGCUUCCAAGAAAUGUUCUUCCUGGGCAACACAACCGACGGUGUGGUCUCCGACGACAAAGCCGGCGAACCCACCCCCUUCUACAUCAGCAUGUUGCGCUCCGUCAACGACACGGUCGGGCCCAACCUGCUGAGCAGGCGUGCCGUCAGUAGGCAGAGCAACGUUACCACAAACCAGGGGCUGCCCAACGCAUCGGACAUCGCCCCUCUCCCGGCCGUCAACAAGGACGGCACGGGAGCGCCUGCCGUGGCCCUUGGCUUCCCGACCCAGCAACCGCUCCGGCUGUACGACCGUGGCCUGCCGACCGAGCGAUACGCGUUCUACUCGUACUUCAACAAGACCCUCUACGUCCAGUCCGUCGACGCAAGCCUGGGCGACGGCGACCGCGUGAGCGCGGCCGACGACAACGGCGGCAGCGUCCAGCGCGAAGCCAAGUUCCUCAUCACCUGGCUGUCGGUGCGGUACAAGGUCGAGCUCUGGACGCGCAUGUCCAACACGACCCGGCUGUCGGGCAGGUUCGGGGGCUCGGCUUCCCGCGACAACAGCACGCAGCCCGGCACGUUCCCGUACCCGAUGACGGUCACGCUGGACACGCACGGCGGACAGCGGGGCAGCAAGUUUGUCUUUGCCCGCGGGGUGGAUGCGCAAGGCAGGAUCGUCUUGGACGACGCCCGGUUCGUGCUCAACAACAUGAACACCACGGGGGACCUCGUCAACCCUGCCGGGGAGUUCGACCCGAGCUUGGGAGGGAUGGAUGGCGGGACGGGCGGGUGCAGGUGCGAGUACAGGAAUUGGGUCCAGGUGAACGGUGGGAGUACGAAGAAAUGGCCACCAAAGUCACUGCUGACCCUUGCCAUUGAGACAUCAUGCGACGACACUUGUGUUGCCAUCCUGGAGAAGUCGGGCUCGGCCGCGCGCCUGCAUGUCAACUCCAAGAUCAGCUCAGACAACAGGGAAUUCGGCGGCAUCCACCCUAUCACAGCCGUCGAGUCGCAUAUGUCCCAGGUAGCCCCUCUUGUCGAGUCAGCCCUGCAGUUUCUGCCCCCGGCCGAGGGCGGACGGGGCGUGCCCCCCGACUUCAUCAGCGUCACCCGCGGCCCGGGCAUGACGUCUAGCCUGGCUAUUGGACUGACCAUGGCGAAGGGGCUGGCCGUGGCCUGGGGGGUGCCGCUGCUAGCUGUGCACCAUAUGCAGGCCCAUGCGUUGACGCCGCGGCUGGUGACAGCCCUCAAACAGUCGCAAGCAUUAUCAUUAUCAUCAUCAACUUCAUCAGGAGGGCCAAAUAAUCUGAAAGGACAAAAAAAGCCGGGUUUCCCCUUCCUGAGCCUUCUCGUCUCGGGCGGGCACACCCAGCUGCUCCUCUCCCGCUCCGUCGACUCGCACACGAUCCUGGCCGAGUCCUCCAACGUUGCCAUAGGCGACAUGCUCGACAAGUGCGCACGCCUCAUCCUCCCGCGGACAGUCCUGGAGAGCGCAGGCAACGUCAUGUACGGCGCCCAGCUCGAGACCUUUGCCUUUCCUCCCCCAUCCUCUCCUUCCAAGGCGGCGGUCCAAGGCCCGAACUCUGCGACGCUCGACUACGACUACUCCCCGCCGCUCAAACGCGCCAACGAGAUCGAGCGCUACACCUCCCGGGAGCACGGCUGGACCCUCACGCCGCCCCUGGUGGAAAGCCGGCAGAUGGCCUACGACUUCUCCGGGCUGGGAGGCCAGGUCCAGGCGAUCAUGCACAAGGACCCGGACAUGGACGAAGCGCAACGCCGCGAGCUCGCCCGCGCGACCAUGCGCCUCGCCUUCGAGCACCUGGCCAGCCGGGUCAUCUUCGCACUCAACGACCCGGUGGUCCAGACCAUGGUGGGCUUGGCAGCAAGGCUGACGACGACGACGACGGCGGCCUCCUCCUUCCCUAUUGGGGGCCAGCAACGCGGCCGGGAACCAGGAGCGGCUCCUCCAACAACCCCGCGCAUCAAGACGUUGGUCGUCUCAGGGGGCGUGGCCAGCAACCGGUUCCUGAUGCACGUGCUGCGGGCGAUGCUGCGCGUGCGCGGCUUCGGCAACGUGGAGAUCGUACGGCCGCCGGCCGAGAUGUGCACCGACAACGCGGCCAUGAUUGCGUGGGCGGGCAUGGAAAUGUGGGAGGCCGGCUGGCGGAGCGAGCUCGACGUCCUGCCCUUGCGGAAGUGGUCGAUGGAUCCGGAGAAAGAGGGCGGCAUCCUGGGCGCGCCUGGGUGGACGUCCAGGAUCGAGGGUGCCAGGAUAGAGUACUAA